UGCUUCGUGCACCGAAUUGUCCUUUAAUAAUUCUAUAAAGAGCUUCACUUUACACAAACAAUCACUCUCACACACACAACGAAAAAAGAAAAAGAAGAAGCACACAGAAGUCAUGGCUGAAGAAUAUACAACAAAUCUGAGACUACUAAUGUUUCCAUACUUAGCUUAUGGCCACCUCACACCUUUCCUUGAGGUAGCCAAGAAACUCUCAGAUAGAGGCUUCUCCAUUGACUUGUGUUCAACUCCCAUAAAUCUUAGUUUCAUCAAGAAAAAAAUUCCACACAAGUACUCUUCCUCAAUUCACCUAGUGGAAUUCCAUUUACCAGACUUGCCUGAACUUCCUCCUCAUUAUCACACAACCAAUGGCCUUCCAGUCCAUCUUCAAUCCACUCUCUACAAAGCCAUCAUGAUGGCAAAACCGCAAUUUUACCAAAUCCUGAAAGAUCAAAAACCUGAUGUGUUAGUACAUGAUAUAAUGCAACCAUGGGCAGCAGGGGUUGCAGCUAGUCUCAAAAUUCCUGCAAUAAGAUUUUGCAUUGCAAGUGCAGCUAUGUGUUGUUAUUUUGGCCAUUUUUAUUACAAACCAGGAGUGGAAUUCCCUUUCCCAGCUCUCUAUCUCAAGGAUUAUGAAAAAGCGAUAGAGCGUCCGUAUGAGGUUGAAGUGGAGGAAGAAGGUGACAGAAUCAUGCUGCUGAAUAGCUCUAGAGCAAUAGAUGCAAAGUACAUGGAUUAUCUUUCUGAAAUAGGCAAAGCAAAGAUUCUGCCUACCGGAGCAGUAUUUCAAUAUCUUGAAGAUGCAGGGGAUGUGGUGGAAACAGAACUCAUUAAAUGGCUUGGGAAGCAUAAGGAGCAUUCAACUGUGUAUGUCUCAUUUGGGAGUGAGUAUUUCUUGACAAAGGAAGAAAUGGAAGAGGUAGCUUAUGGAUUAGAGCUUAGCAAUGUUAAUUUUAUAUGGAUCGUAAAGUUUCCAAGAGGAGAAGAACAAGAAGUUAUUAAACUUGAAGAGGCACUUCCUCAAGGUUUUCUUGAAAGAAUUGGAGAAAGGGGAAGGAUAGUUGAAGGAUGGGCUCCACAGGCAAGAAUUCUAAAGCAUCAAAGUAUUGGAGCAUUUGUAACUCACUGUGGUUGGAAUUCAAUACUUGAAAGCAUAGAGUUUAGUGUUCCAAUUAUAGCUUUGCCCAUGAACUUUUACUCAGAUCAGCCUAUGAAUGCUAGAUUGAUUGUGGAAAACGGAGUAGCCAUGGAGAUCGCGAGAGAUGGAAAUGGGAAGCUUCAUAGAGGUAAUAUAGCUGAGGUUAUUAAAGAUGUGAUUUUUGGUGAACAAAUUGGGGAGGAUUUGAGGAGGAAGGUGAAAAGUCUUGCUGAGAAUAUAAGAUCGCUAAGAGAGAAAGAGAUGGAUGAAGUUGUUAAGGUGAUAACACAGCUUUGCGAGAAGAAUCAGUCCAACUAGUUCAACAGAACCCAUUGCUUCCGGCUCGAU